AUGACGACAACAUCUGGUGUAAGGAAGGCCACAGCAGAAGGCCAUGGGCCAAGUCAGAAGAGUCAGGCCACGGAAGAAGGUCAAGGGCCACAGCAGAAGGUCAAGGGCCACAGCAGAAGGACAAGUCAAAGGCCACGGAAGAAGGUCAAGGGCCACAGCAGAUGGUCAAGGGCCACAGCAGAUGGUCAAGAAGGUCAAGGGCCACAGCAGAAGGUCAAGGACCACAGCAGAAGGUCAAGGGCCACAGCAGAGGUCAAGGCCACAGUAGAAGGUCAAGCACCACAUGAGAAGGUCAAGGGCCAGAUCAAGGGCCACGGAAGAAGGUCAAGGGCCACAGCAGAAGGUCAAGGACCACAGCAGAAGGUUAAGGACCACAGCAGAAGGUCAAGCAGAAGGCCACAGCAGAAGGUCAAGGGCCGCAGCAGAAGGUCAAGGACCACAGCAGAAGGUCAAGGACCACAGCAGAAGGUCAAGGACCACAGCAGAAGGUCAACAGCAGAAGGUCAAGUCACCACAGCAGAAGGAUUACAGCAGCAGAAGGUCAAGGGCCACAGCAGGGCCGCAGCAGAAGGUCAAGGACCACAGCAGAAGGUCAACCACAGCAGAAGGUCAAGGACUCAAGAGCAGAAGGUCAGGACACAGCAGAGAAGGUCAAGGACCACAGCAAGAAGGACCACAGGCAAGGACCACAGCAGAAGGUCAAGGGCCACAGCAGAGGAAGGAGGUCAAGCAGCAGAAGGUCUCAAGCAGAAGGUCAAGGGCCACAGCAGAAGGUCAAGGACCUCAAGGACCACAGCAGAAGGUCAAGGACCAGCAGAAGGUCAGGACCACAGUUACAUCAGAAGGUCAAGGGCCACAGCAGACAGAGCAGCAGAAGGUCAAGAGCAGAAGGUCAAGGGCCACAGCAGAAGGUCAAGGGCCACAGCAGAAGGUCUAGAAGGCCAAGGGCUACAUCAGAAGGUCAAGGGCCAGCAGAAGGUCAAAGAAGGUCAAGGGCAGCAGAAGGUCAAGGGCCGCAGCAGAAGGUCAAGGGCCACAGCAGAAGGUCAACAGCAGAAGGUCAAGGGCCACAGCAGAAGGUCAAGGGCCAUAUCAGAAGGUCAAGGGCUCAGCCACAGCAGAAGGUCAAGGGCCACAGCAGAAGGUCAAGCAGAAGGUCACGGGCCGCAGCAGAAGGUCAAGGGCCACAUCAGAAGGUCAGGGCCCAUCAGAAGGUCAAGGGCCGCAGCAGAGGGUCAGGGCCACAGCAGAAGGUCAAGGGCCGCAGCAGAAGGUCAAGGGCCGCAGCAGAAGGUCAAGGACCAUGAGGGUCAAGGUCAGCAAGGGCCACAGCAGAUGGUGGUCAAGGGCAAGAAGCAGAAGGUCACACAGCAGAAGGUCAAGGACCACAGCAGAAGGUCAAGGACCACAGCAGAAGGUCAAGGACCACAGCAGAAGGUCAAGGACCACAGCAGAAAGGCAGAAGCAGAAGGUCAAGGACCACAGGCCAAGGGCAGAAGGUCAAGGGCUCAAGGGCCGCAGCAGAAGGUCAAGGGCCGCAGAAGGUCAAGGGCCACAGCAGAAGGUCAAGGGCCGCAGCAGCAAGGGCCGCAGCAGAAGGUCAAGGGCCACAGCCAGAAGGUCAAGGGCCACAGCAGAAGGUCAAGGGCCACAGCAGAAGGUCAAGGGCCACAGCAGGUCAACACAAACUCCUAA